AUAUUUGUUUCUUAAGUAUUUGGUAGGAGAAGUGACAAUUUACCAAGAUUUGUUUGGGGUCUCACUUCUGAGAGACAAGUUGAGAUAAGUUUUUAAUCAACUAGCAUAGUUGUUGCUUAUUCAUAUGGAUAAAAAUUCCAUUUUUAUUAAUAUCAUUGCAUCCUACUUACUGUAUUGUUUGAUUUUUGUUGUUUGAAGUUUAUUUGAAGCCUGUUUAGAAUUUGUGUGUGUACAGUUUUUCUUUUUAAUCCCCCAGAAGGUCCCACCCUUUUUGGCUCCUUUGUUGACUCGAAGCUACAACUUUAGAGUUGGAGUUGGAGGCUGCUUACCAUCCGAGCAACUACAUUGAUUUUGUACUUUGAGCAAUGGUUUAGUUUUGGUAUUGGGAAUAGCGUAGUACAUAUUAUUAUUUAAGAAAGAAAACAGUGGAAUCUAAAGUAGCUCGAGGAUUUCUUGAGCUUUGUGUUCCUUUGUCCUUGGAUGUGAAUGCCACUGAGCAUAAGGAUGACAAGUCUACCAUCAAUUAGAGCAGUUGUGUGAUACAUUUAGCAAGGCAAUAACAUUCUUGUGCUACCACUGAAAUAGCAAGCUGCUAGAACUAGAGAAAAAUAAAUUAAAAAUGAUUUCGGUGGGAUAGCCUAGAAGUUAGAACCGCGAUGUCCAACCAUUAGGUUGGGGUUCGAGCCAACAAGGGAGUAAAGUAGGAAAGGGCCAUUGUUACUCUCCUGGCUUGGGGUUUUCUACGGGGGGAGGUUUACCCUAUUAAAGAAGGGGUGAUUCUCCUGACGAACUUCGGAGGUAUGUUGUCAACCAAACACUUAGAAGUAUUAUUAACCGGUCGGACUCUAUGAAAUGCUAGUCUGAUAAGUACAAGGUCAAGUGGUCAACUGUCACCCAUAUAUUUGCUUACAUUUUCUUUAUUCUUCAUUUAGUUGGAGCUAUGAGUAUAGUUAUCUUAGGAGCAAGUAAGAAGGGACGGGGAAUGCAGAGGGGAACUUGUUGAUUUACUUUCAUUAGGCAAAGUAUUAUUCUCCCCCUCCUGUUGCUUGGUACAGCUGGAAAAAAGUUAAAGACACUUGUAUUCACCUUUUCUUACAGCAUAACCUGCCCCAUACAUUCCUUUCCCUUUUACGUCCUGCCUCAAGGCCUUAUUUAAUAUUUAGGUCCUUAACAGGGAGGGGAGUCCCGAAAUCCUUUUGGUAUGUUGGCGGGGGAAGAGAAAGAUUUAAGCUCCUCAAUUUCAUGCAAAUUGGGCAUUGAGUUUUUGGUAUAGGUGUCCAGAUGCUAAUAUUCUAUGAAGAAAGGAGGGGAGAAGGCAGAUCAAGCAAAGAUCCUACUCCUCUUAGAAAGGGGAAUGAAUCAUUUUUCUCUAUGCCCAUUUGGUGUAUACGUAAUUUCGAUGAUAAUAUGUUAUUUUCCAUUUUGAGUUAGAUUAUGUGACCUUGAUUAUAGACUAAAAGAAAAUUCAUAAUAACACAACAAGCAGUUUUUAUUAAACCAAGGUUUAGUAAUGAAAAACAGAAAGAACCCUAUGCAGAAAUGAGUUUAUUACAUGAAGGUAGUGUUAUUACUUACUAGCAUAUCUUGUGCUGGUUACUGUUAGCAAUCUGUCUUUCUUUGCUCAUCUAUGAACCUAAGGAGACAGACUAAACAUGACUAAUGGGCUGAUUGUUACUGGAUCAGCACCACUACCGUCAACUUCCCUGUAAGUUAUAGCACGUGUCUAUCCGGCUUUCUGAGGUGCAUCGUUAGAUGUCUGGCUCACAACAGUUGCAUUUGAUUAGCGGCUCAUGUCUGCAAAAUCAACCUCUAGCUGGCUAUUUUGAGACAAUUGGGGCACUUGGGCCAUGAAUCUGUAAUGGUCGAUGAAGCAGAACUGGAGAUUCAUCAGCGACUUCAGGAAUUAUAUAUGUCUACAAGGGCUGCGAAGCAUUUCCAGAGGGAUAUUGUUCGUGGUGUAGAGGGAUAUAUAUCAACAAGUAAAAAACAAGUGGAAAUAGCUAGAAAGUUGGUGGACAAUUGUUAUAAAUAUGGUGGUGAGAAUCAAAAUGGUCCUUCUACCUUGCCAAAGGUUGCCAUGGAAUUUGGUACUUCACAUGCUGCAAUGGAAGAUCAAAGGGAAAUUAUGCUAGGAGUUCUCGGAGAACAGGUUUGUGAGCCGUUGAGAGCAUCAAUACAUGGUGCUCCUUUAGAAGAUGCUCGCCAUUUGACUCACCGUUAUGACAGAAUGCGCCAGGAGUUCGAAUCCCAGGCUACUGAAGUGAUAAGACGCCAAUCAAAGUUUAGGGAAGCUUCUACUGAAAGUUUGGCAAAGCUUAAAAAUGCAGAAACAAGAUUGUCGGAGCUCAAAUCAUCUGUGUUGGUUCUUGGCAAAGAAGCAACUGAUGCCAUGUUAUCUGUUGAGGAGGAGCAGCAGCAGAUUACUUUCCAAAAGCUUCUUACCAUGGUUGAUACUGAAAGAUCGUAUCACCAGAAUGUUCUUUCCAUUUUGGAGAAGUUGCAUUCUGAGAUGCUUGUACAAGAGCAAUUAGGUGAGUCAUCUCCACAAUCUUCAAAUUCACCAAGAGUUUUGCAUGAUACAACUUCAAAUGGAACUGAGCAUCCAGAAGCUGAGGAUAAAAGUCCUACCUAUUUUAUUGCCAAGGUCAUGCACUCUUUUGAUGCCCAAGCAGAUGGUGAGCUUAGUCUAGAGGUUGGUGAUUAUGUGGUAGUCCGGCAGUUGACAUUUUCUGGAAUAACCUUGACGGUUUUUAGUGUAGCUCCGAAUGGAUGGUCUGAAGGAGAGUGCAACGGGAAGUCCGGUUGGUUCCCUUCAGCUUAUGUUGUAAAGUCAGACAAAGUGCCAGCAAUCAAAAUGGCAGAAAAGGAUACCACACCAUGAGAUAAAACACUUAUCUAUCAUGCUACCUUUAUAUAAAACGUCUUUCUUGUGUAAAUGUCCACUUGUAUAGGUGUUUUGAGGAGUUCUACAUUUUGCUUCUAUUUUUUCCCCUUCUGAUGUAAAUGUAUCAAAAGCUUAUAAUCAAGUUUAUUUAUUUGCUGAUGUCCCAAGAUCAGGCAAUUUUGAUACAGGAAAAUGUAAUUAAUAUAUAUUACAGACUCAUUCUAGAUCCUAAUCUCAA